CUUCUUCUACUCGUACUCUUACUACUUCUCCCAGAAGCGCCGCAGCUCACCGCGACGCUCCACACUCUUCUCGUUUUCUUAGUUAUAUUACUGCUCUUUAUCUCCUCUUGUACUCUUUGCAUUGGUCACUCAUGGCGGCGCCGGUGCCACGCUCUCCUCCUGAUGUCUUUGGUCGCCACCGUCUUCAAGCUGAGCUACAGUUUAUGUCCCGUGAGAUUGGACUUCUUCAGGAAGAGUUGAAGUCUUUGGAGGAGGUUCAACUUCAAUCAGCGUCUGGUUGUUGCAAGGAGUUGGAUGAGUACAUGAUGGGGAUGAAUCCAGAUCCUAUUGUGCCUGUGAAUGAGAGGAGAAGUAAGUCAUGUGGUGUUUUCAAGUGGCUGAGUACUAUCCUGUGUUUCGACUUUUCAUGCAUUUGCUGCUGUGGUGGACACUCCGCAAGCUCUGAAAGUUCAAACUGCAAAUGCAAUCACAUAAAGAACUUGAUAUAUUGCUGUCAUUGUGGAUCUCCCUGCAGCUCUAAUUGCUGCUGCCCAGGGUUCUUUCGCUGCAGAAACUGUUACAAUUCUCUCGGCAUCCAUUGCCCCGAGUUUUCUUGCGGCUGUGUUUGGUCCUGUUCUAAAUUUACAGAGGUACGCGCAUGUUGCCCAGGAUGUAGGAGAACUUGUUGUAUCAGCCAGUGUAUAUGUUAGCAUAAGAGUCGUCUUACCUCGCCCCUGCUUGUCGGAUUCUUGAACAACCAACUCUGUUAUUCUACUUAAUUUUUGGUUCAUGAAAAUUCAAUUCGAGUUAAUGCCAUGUAUAGUUCAACAUAAUAAGUGCUUUCCAAAUAAUUGUUGAAGUUCA